UUGCGUUCUUUCUCUAGAUUCUGUCGUUCAUCUUGUUUGGCUGAAGUCGACUUCGAUGUUGAAGCGUUCUUUUGCCACCAUUUACUUCAUCAAUUUCAACUUUUUAGCGUCAACAUUUCGCGCUUAAAGGUUAUCGAGGCCUGUUUCUCUGCUAGGGUGGUUGAUAGCCACGCAGCCCUAAAAUUUACAAGGUACCCAGACGCGGACCAACUUCUUAAGAAGAAGAAGUGGGAGUUUUCGUUCAUCAUCGAUUCAGAGCCAAGCUAGCGUUUGCUAAGGGCGAAUUUACCGGAAAGUCUAAAAAACCUUACUGUGAAUCAUUACAUGAUGAAGCAGUCUAUUGGAACGGAUUUGGCUAUUGAGAUUGUGAAAGACGGAUUGUCCCACAGGGACGUGAUCACAGAGAAGAUUGACUCUCUGGGUCGGGAGGAGAAAGAUGACGCCUUCUACAUUGUAGACUUGGCUGAUGUGGUCCUCAAACAUAAGAAGUGGGUUCAGCUUCUACCAAGAGUUGAACCUUUUUAUGCCAUGAAGUGCAACAAUGACCCUGCUGUUCUGAAGUUACUAGCAGGGCUUGGUCUUGGCUUUGACUGUGCCAGUAAGGGUGAGAUCCAAACCAUACUAGGCCUUGGGGUGAGCCCUAAAAAGAUUGUCUAUGCAAACCCAUGCAAGCAGGCUUCUCACAUCAAGUAUGCCUCCCAGCAUGAUGUUGCCAUGACCACCUUUGACAAUGAGAUGGAGUUGCAUAAAAUCAAGAAACUUUACCCCGAUGCUCAACUGAUUCUUCGUAUUCGCACUGAUGACUCCAAGUCCCUGUGCCAGCUUGGUAUCAAGUUUGGAGCCCCCCUGAAGCAGUGCCGUCAUCUGCUCAAGGUAGCUCAGGAUCUUGGGCUCAAUGUGGUUGGUGUUAGUUUCCAUGUUGGAAGUGGGUGCUUUGAUGCCAGUGCAUACGCCACUGCAGUGAUUGCUGCACGCAGCGUUUUCAAUCUAGCUGUCCAGUUUGGCUUCAACUGCACCCUGCUUGACAUUGGUGGUGGUUUCCCUGGAGACCCAAAUGCUGCUAUCACAUUUGAAGAGAUUUGUACCACCAUCAACCCCCUGCUUGAAGAGCACUUCCCUCCCUCCUCUGGCGUCCGCAUCAUUGCCGAGCCUGGUCGCUACUACAGUUCUUCUUCCUUCACUUUGGCCGUCAACGUCUACUCUAGACGUGAGGUGCAAAGCAGCUCUGUCCUGGCUGAAGAUGUCACAGCACCAGAGAACAAUGGCAACCAGGGGUUCAUGUACUAUGUGAAUGAUGGUGUGUAUGGUUCCUUCAACUGCCUCAUCUUUGACCAUGCCACCGUUGAGGCAAUACCAGUGAAGGAGAGCAGUGGUCAGCCACUGUAUCAAACAAGCAUCUGGGGCCCCACCUGUGAUUCCAUGGACUGCAUCACCAAGAAUAUGAUGCUGCCUAAGGUUGAAGUUGGGGAGUGGCUGUUCUUCAAGUACAUGGGUGCCUACACGCAAUCGGCGGCCUCAACCUUCAAUGGUUUCAAAAAACCCACCAAGUUUUACCUGUGCACUGAAGAGCUCUGGCCUGUGUUGAAGCAAGUGAUUGAUCCUUGUCACAUUGAGUACAAGACCUGCCAUGCCAUCUCAGAAGAGUCCAAGUCAUUUUUGCCCUUCACUGAGCCUUUAGCUAUUCUCUCAGCUGCCAUGUAACUACUAGCAGAGAAACAGUGACAUGCCACCAAUAAAACAAUUAACUUUACAUUUGCCAGUUAAUGCCUUAUGACUUACAUAUCUAUAUUUGUAUCUUUGAUCGAUAUAAUGAUUCUUUUGUUUAAAUGAUUAUUUCUGAUAAUUUUAAAUUUGUAUUUCGAAUGAACAAUUAGUGGAACUGACUCGGCUGCAUAUACAGCUAUGAUUUACCAAAUUAUUUGCUGUAUGGGUUGUAUUGCUUUUUGAUAUAUACGCUGUUUACAUCAUUUGUUUUUAGCUUGCAGAAACGGUGACCAUGUUUUGGUGACCAUGUUUUGAAGCUUGCAAAAACAAUGUCCAGAGUUUAUCAUGAAUAUUUUUUGCGCAGUUUGUAUUACAUAAAAACCAACUAAAGGCUUGUUUCUUGUAUAAUGAUGUUUGAUUUAAUAAAACUGGCAAGAAAAAUG